AUGUCCAAACUGCUGGAAAACUUGAAAUCAAAAUCUGAAAAACUGGAAAACAAUCAUUCAAAGGCAAAGAUCCUCAAAAAAGACAACCAAGAAGCUUUUGAGAUAAAGUUUCACCCCUUCUACAGAAAUUUCAUGAAUAACUCUUGUCCAGAUGGAUGGUUUGGAGAGAAUUGCUCGGAGCGGUGUCCAGAAAAUCAAUAUGGAUCACUAUGUCUUGGAAUAUGUUACUGCAACCCUAAUGAAACAUGUGAUCAUGUACUAGGAUGUCUUCAAAAAGGAGUGUGCACUGGACAUGACGGAGAGUUCAAAUGCUGUAUUAAUUACUACCAGCAUAUCAAAAACAAAUGCGAGGUUUGUUUUCCGGGUACCUAUGGCUACAAUUGCGAGGAUAAUUGUCCCAAUGGAACGUACGGAUAUCUCUGUCGACAGAAAUGCAAAUGCAACUCAGAUGUCAUCUGUGACAAAAGAUUCGGUUGUGUUGACCAAG